AUGGACCAAGUUAGUAGAGACCAUCAAAUUCCUGAAAACGAUCCAAAGACCCUCGAUGGCUCCUCGAUCUUCAUGACUGGAAGCUCAGGAGAUGCAUUGAUAUCGCCAGUAACUUUGAAACAGAAGGCUAUGCCAGAUGAUAAACUGCCAGACGGUCUUCUUUGGGACGUACCAACUACUUCUGGAUUCAGUCUUGAUCGAUCGAGCGAGGUUAUGGCCAAAAUUGGUACUCGUUAUGUUUGGUGGGAUUGGAUGUGUGUUCCUCGGGAGACUUUGAAUGGUCAUCGAACUAUCACUGACAGCCUGAGAAGUGCAGGGCACGAAGAAACCGGGGAAGCAAUUGUGUGCUCGCUUAUUCCUAGUGUCAGUGAAUUAUAG